CAAGGUUUCGUCGGCUAGUGAUUUAUUAAUAACUGUUAAGUGAGUGUGUAGAGUGUGGUCAUUUCGCAACACAAAAUAGGUUAUGUUAACUACAACAUUGUUGUUUUGGGUAGUUUAGGCAUAUAUAGACUUGCAAGUUAUCAAUAGUGGGUUAUAGUACGUAAAUACAAACAAAACGGUGUUACAUUGUGACAAAUUUAGUCGAGUUGGAAAUUCAUUCCCUACGAUUAGAUACCCUACCAGUGAUUUUUUAUCCCCUGCGCAUAGUAAGAACAGUAAGAUGCCUAUCAAAAUGGAAUAAUAAAUUGCCCUGGAAACAAAAUAUAAUUUACUCAAAGAAUCGAGUACGAUUCCACAGAAGACAGCGUACUAAUUAAGCUUUAUAUAAUUUACUUAAACGUUCUUAUAGGCCGAACUGGUGGCUAAGCCCUGAGCGUCCUCCCUUUUCGCCCGCACAAAGUGCACAUGUUGUCGAGGGGUGUAAAGCAGUUAGGCAGGCUGCGGCCUUGCUCUCAGGGGAUUUUACCCUCGUUCGCAUGCAGGGGUUUCGCCAGCCCUACGUUACCUGAACUCACUAAGGAUCGAUAUCCUCACGUGAAGCGAGGGGAAUUCGCGAAAUUGGAUCAAAAUCACUUGAAAUUCUUUAGGGAUCUGCUCGGUGAGAACCGCGUUUUGAACGACCCUUCGGACUGUGAGAUCUACAACGUAGAUUGGAAUAGGAAUGUUAGAGGAUAUAGCGACUGUGUGCUGAAACCUAAAACAACACAAGAAGUAUCUCAAAUAUUAUCCUUUUGUAAUGAACACAGACUCGCCGUGUCUCCCCAAGGCGGUAAUACAGGACUUGUAGGAGGUUCGGUUCCUGUUUUCGACGAGAUUGUUCUGUCUCUGAGUUUAAUGAACAACAUUAUUAGUGUCGACGAUACAUCAGGCAUUCUCGUGUGCGAGGGUGGCUGUGUGUUGGAAUAUUUAGACGAACAAUUAGCUAACCAUGGAUUAAUGAUGCCCCUGGAUCUCGGAGCGAAGGGUUCGUGUCAGAUAGGCGGAAACGUUUCCACCAACGCUGGGGGCCUUAGGCUACUUAGAUAUGGUAAUUUACAGGGGAAUGUGUUGGGAAUCGAAGCGGUGAAAGCUAAUGGGGAGAUUCUCGAUUGCCUCAGCGCGCUCAAAAAAGACAACACAGGCUUUCAUCUCAAACACCUUUUCAUUGGAUCUGAAGGGGCUUUAGGUGUAGUGACUAAGGUUGCGAUCCAGUGCCCCGCAAAGCCACAGGCGGUUAAUUUAGCGUUUCUGGGAGUGAAAUCGUUUGAUAAUAUUCUGACAACGUUUAGAAGAGCGAAGCGAGAAUUGGGGGAAAUAUUGUCGUCGUUUGAAAUGAUUGAUGAGCAGUCAAUUGGUGCCGUUAUGGGGCAUUUGAAAGUGAAAUCGCCAAUUGACAACCACCCUUUCUAUGUUUUAUUUGAGACUCAAGGCAGCGACGACGCUCACGAUCAAGAAAAAAUUCAUCGUUUCUUGGAGAACAUCAUGGGAGAUGGCACAGUGCUUGACGGGACGGUUACUAAUGAACCGAGUAAAAUGAGAGCCAUCUGGGACCUUCGUGAAAGAAUCGCUGAGGCUUUCCUACACGAUGGUUAUGUUUUUAAGUAUGACAUUACUUUACCUCUCGAAAAAUUUUAUUCUAUUGUUGACGUGAUGCGGGAGAGACUGGGGUCGGACGUUCUUAGGUGCUGCGGUUAUGGACACAUAGGAGAUGGAAAUAUCCACUUUACUGUUACCACGAAGGAAUUUUCAAAAGAUAUCCUUAAGCGUAUCGAACCGUUUGUGUAUGAAUUCACGUCGGAGUUGAAAGGAAGUAUUAGUGCAGAACAUGGAAUAGGUUUCAGGAAGCCCCAAUAUAUUCAUUAUUCAAAAAGCGAUGCAGCUAUACACCUUAUGAAGGAGCUUAAAAAAUUGAUGGAUCCUAAAGGAAUUUUGAAUCCUUACAAAGUUUUGCCUUAAAUGUCACGAAUUAAUGUAAAUAUUAAAAAUAUUUUGAGUUACCUCUA